GUCAACAAAAUGUGCCACUUUAUUGCAAAAGUUAAAGCUAUAACUAGAAUUUGUGAAGUCCUUGAGUUUCAUAUAUUUUCACGUUCCAUUGAUAAUGCAAAUCCAUUGUCACGUUCGUUACUUGUCGGUCUGACAAUACAUGUAUGUAUGUUUAUACGUAUGUAUAACGUAUGUAUGUGUAUUAUUGCCGACACGUUUUUAAAAGUGUAGUAUAUUUGAGUGCCAUAGAUAGUUUAUUGAUUUUUUAGAAUGCCUUAACUAUUAAUUGAAUGAUAUAAUAUCUAUCUAUAAAUAUCUCUUUCAAGCACCCUUUGCUUGGAAAAUAGUGAAAUGUAUUAAAUAUUGAACAAUAUCGAUUUCUGUGUUAAAAAGAUAUUAAGUAAAGAUGUUAAAGUGAUUUGGAAGUCGGUGAAACAUCGACAAUUUUCCAGUCUUUGUGUACUUAAGGUCGACAAGCCUUGGUUCGGUGUGUUCCGAUCGAACCCGAGAGAUUCGAAGGGAGGCACAAACAGGAAUUGGCUGGUCGAUGCACCUUAGCGUUCAAGGCAUAGUGGAACGCAAGGGAAGUCGGCACAUCUGCGCUGUACGUGAAUUUUUUUCGAAACCACUGAGAAAACACAUUACUCUUUCUCUCCCUCUGUUGUGCCCAACGUUGCGCCGAAACAGCUGAUCGUUUGCCCCUUUAAUUGCAUCGCGACUGGGUCGACGCUGUGGAAUUUUGACUACGUUUUCACCACGGACAAACUGAGAGUGAGGUUGGAGUAGAAGUGAGGUGGAUUCAAAAGUAUAAACGAAGGUUCCACAGCAACAGGUGCGACGUGGAAAAGGACAUUAUACAACCACGGAUAAACCCCCCACUUUAAAAUUAAUCUUAAAGAUUGGGGGUAGUAGUGGAACACCUGAAUACGGCAACGAAUCUCCAAGCCAGACAAUGUUAUCCCAACAUUUGGGUGUCUACCAACAACAGUUGGGUCUCAAUUGCUCUGUAACGCAAGAAUCUGAAUACGAUAGGUAUAUAGGGCAUAAAAAACUUAAAAAGAAAAAGAAAAAGAAGGAUAAAAGGCACAAGCAUCAUCACAAAGAUAAAAAAAGAAGAAGAGAAGAAUCCAGUCAAGAAUCAGUAGGAGAUGCUGAUGAAAGUUUAGUUGAAAUUCCUAAAAAAAUUCCUAAUCAUCAAUUGUUACCUCCAAGACCACCAUCUAGUGGAGAGCACAGAGUUGGCAUUACCAGCCAUAUUAGUUCUCUUUCUCCACAUCGUGAACCUAGAACUUGUGUACUUAGAAAAAUCGCCGAACGAACACCUCUUCAACGAUUAUUAGAACAUCUUCUUAGGUCAAUGGAGAAACGCGAUCCUCAGCAAUUUUUUGCUUGGCCAGUUACAGAUAGUAUUGCACCUGGAUAUUCUCAAAUCAUUACGAAUCCUAUGGAUUUUAGUACUAUAAAACAAAAAAUAGAUGAUAACAGUUAUCAAAAUUUAAAUGAAUUCGUAGAAGAUUUCAAAUUAAUGUGUGAUAAUGCCACUACAUACAAUCAUCCAGACACUAUUUAUUACAAGGCGGCAAAGAAAUUAUUACACGUUGGCCUAAAAAUGGUAACACCCGAUAAACUUCGACAACUAAGACCUGUUUUAACAUAUAUGCAAGACAUAUCGAAAGAAGAACUCGGAUUCGAAUUGGGUACAGAAGAUCCUAAUAAUCCUGAUGUUCCUGUAACGGAGGAACAAAUUGAACGAGAACGAGAACAAGAAGAACGUAAUGAAGAAGCUGAGGAACUUAGGAAAGAGAAUCAGAGGAAAAUAAGAUUAGCAAAUUUGGGUAAAUUUGAAGCCAUUCCGGAUGACAUGACACCAGAGGAAAUCUUGAAACAAGCCCGAGGAGCCGCGAAAACAGCGUCUGAAAAGUUAACGUUAAAAAGAUUGAAUUCCAAGAUGGGUUUUCUUAGGCAAAAGAAGGAUGGAACGACUAGCUUACAAAUAAUAGUACCGGGAGACGGAGUGAUUCCAGGAACUAAUCAAAGACCAGUGUCAUUAGGGCAGCUUAUAGGUAAAUUGAAUCAUGGUACGGGAGCAUUAGCAGGAUUUCGUGAAGAUAGGAGAAAUAUGUCGAAACCAGUAAAACCUUUAUAUUAUGGUGCCUUUGGUUCUUAUGCUCCAAGUUACGAUUCCACGUUUGCUAAUCUGACGAAGGAAGAAACAGACUUGGUGUAUCAAACAUAUGGUGAUGAAACUGCUGUACAAUAUGCAGAAUCAAUUUUAGAUUUUGCUAAAGACUGUGAUUAUACGUUAACUAUGGUGGACGAUUUGUUGGAUAUUCUUACAGGAGGAGAUCACAGAAAGACUAAGAAGUUCCUUGAGGAAAAACGAAGACUCAAAGAGGAAGAAGAGAAAAUAAAACAUUUACUAGAAAAGCCAAUGCAAGAUGUAAAUCGUAAUAUUCCAUCUUUAGACAACAUUAAAGUUGAUAUCGAUCAAUUAAAGACUCUAUCCGAGUUAGGAAUUGAUGUUAAUUUCUUAGAAAAUUUAGAGGAGGACUUAAAACUCAACGAAGAACGUGCAGCAUUACAAAAUCGGUUAGAUGAUACAUCACAAAUGUUAGGCCGUUUAAAGCAAGUACAACAUGAGCGACUUUCGGUUCCACCGCCAGCUCAUUUGUCGAAUGUUUCUAAACCAUCAGAAACAGAAGUUGCAAUAGCUGAUAAAAUUACGGAUAAUUUGACAGAAAUAGCAAAAAAGCUUCCUCCCUCAGCAAUCGCUCCUGUAGAUGGUUUGCGAAGAGCUAUGGGUAUUGCACCUCUUGGUGGGCCAGAGCCUAUGGAAGUGGAACCGAUUACUCAUAAUCCAACAAUUGUUGCGGAAAAUAAUUUAUUGUCGCAAUCUAAUAAUAAUCAAGUUCCGUCGAAUUUAUUAUCGGCUCCUUCACCAAUUCAAAGUACUAAUUUGCUCAGUCCAACCAGCCAACAAAAUCAAUCGAUUAAUAUCGUGAAUACGAAUCAAUCACCUAUGCAAAUACAAAUUGGCAUGACGCACAGUCAAACGCCUCCGUCUUUAUUAACUACUUCAGAAACGUCUGCAGUUCCAGAUCUAGAAUCGGAACUUCGAGAAUUUUUGGAAAGCGAUCCUACAUUAGGACAUUCGCCACUUCACGAUGAUAAAACAUUGGAGGAUAUUUUAUCCGAAUCUUAGUGUGUAUGAUUUUCGAGAUAUGAUAUAUGAUAUAAUAUACCUCCUACAGGUUGUACAUUUUAUUACAUAUAGACACUAAUAUUAAUUAUUACGUUUAACGGCAAGCGUGCGGUUAAUAAAUAAGUUCGUAUCAUGUAAUAUGAUGUCAUUCAAUUAAUACCGCUUUAUUUUAUGGAUAUAUAUUAUUUAUGAAGUUUGCGUAACAAGUUAUAUUAGAUGAAUAUUUGUAACAUUUUGGUGAAAUGUGUUUGUAUUGUAAAAUAUUGUUUAAAAUAAUGAAGAAAAUAUUUUAAUGUUUUAUAGAAGAUUGAUUUUAAUGAAGAAUUUAGAAAUGAAAUUUAUUUAAAUUUGCUUUUUUAUUCCUAAAAAAAUUAUGUUCAUAAAAACUAAUAAUUAAUUAUUAUUGAUAAAGUGUUACGCAAACGGAAAAUCCGUAUAAGAGCAAUUUCUUUAUAUAAAAAUAAAUUCAAUCUUUUCUUUAUUAAAUUACUUUGCAAAUGUUAAAAUAAUGAAAUGUCAUUACUAUUUUAAAAUGAGAAAAUAUGACAGAAAUUGUAAAUAUUCAUAAAGUGUAUUUUUAAAAAUGA